UGAUAGGUUGGAGGAUGCUUAACAACUGGCAUGCGUCCUGUUCCUUUGUCGCGAUGGUUUCUCUCACCAGAUUCCAUACCAGCGUCUUUUCCUCCAGCGCUUCGCCAACCCUUCCCCCUCUUCAUGUGGCAUCCAUUAACGGAUUCAGUUUGGCGAGUGGACCGUCAUUUUCCUCAUUCCUUCCAUAUUAUUGCCAUUUGUGACGGUCCUCUCACUACCGGUGAACAAAGUUGGCGUCCUGCGUCGGCUAGACAUUGCAAUCCUUUGUCGGCUUCGUCCUCUUUUUUCCUGGGCCGUUUUGUUUGUCCCAUCUGAGAAAUCGACCCGCUGUCCAUUGGAGCUAGCAAUGUGCUCGGAUUGCAGCCAAAAUGGCACUGGGUCCAUCUCCGGAGUCAGCAUGGCCGUCUACUUCCUCAAGAUGAGAGCUGAAGGAAAUUUUGAAGUUCACCUGUGCCUGGAGCUUGAAGCAACCAUCCUGGAUACCCUCCGACGACAUGGGUUGACUCCCAACCUCAUCCUGCUGUCCGAUCGCAAGUUUCUUUGUCGGCGAUUAUUGGAACAAGUCGGGCUGGACUUUGACUACAAGUAUGGGCUUCGCGCCAUCAUAUUCAGUAGGCAUCCGACUAUCCAUUUCAGACUCACUGCUCAUGCAGGCCUAGAAAAGCUCAUCGAACGGGCUCAGCGCCUCCUCCGAGAAGCAAAUACAUGGGGGGCGUUUGUGAAGAUGGACAAUCCUCCAUACUUGUGGGACGCUGUGGUCUUGGCAAGGCAUUUUGGAUCGCGGCAAGCUACCAUGGCAUGGAUCUCCGCCAAGCGCGAGGAAGCAGCAAACCCUCCGCAAUCGCCAAGCGACGACAGCAGCGGCGUGAAGGGAAUGAACGACGGGGGUCUCGAAACGCCGCAGUCUUCACGAUUGACUCGCCCUAAGCAUAUCCUACCAACAACCCACCCCAAAACACCACUUCGCAAGCUCAAGUCAUCCCACUUGUCCACGCCACCGCGUCGAAAUCCUGCCAAGUUCAGCCUUUCGAGGGACAGCGUUGCGGCGCUGCGGGGCCGAGAUAUGAGCACAUACGGUGGCCAGCUCCGCCGCAGCCCGCUUCUAGGCGACAGUUUAAGAAGCUUGUACAACGUCACUCACGAGGACGGCGAUACUUUCUUACCCUCGACGCCGAUUGCAAACCCGUCCAUCCGAACCUUCAGUUACUUCCCUCCGGAUGGAGUCCCUCGCUCGGUUUAUACUCCGUCUUGGGUCACGGAUCAGAUGGGCUUUGAUGAUCUCACACCAUCGCGACCCCGUCCUACCCAUGUGACAUCAAUCGCGCCGAGCUGCCCUCCAAGCCUCGAACGGGAGCUGUCUUCUGUGCAUAGUGUGGCCAACGAUCUCUCGUCGGCAUCAAUGGAGACCCCGUCAUAUGCCAACACCGUUGUCGCAACGACUGUGCUCGAUAAUCCUGCUCGGAUGGACGAUGUGCUGUUUCAUAUGGCACCAUUUUCCUCCCAGACCAUCGAUUCUCCCCUUCUCGAUGCUGUGGAUAUUCAUGGUCCCCGUCUUGGCAAUGCGCCUGGCGAUGAUAAGCAUAUGAGGUUUGCGGACGUCAACUCUAUGAUCCCAUUGACGACACUACCUCCUCAAUCCGUACUCAGGGAAACAGGUUCGCCUUAUAGAGCUCGCAAAAACGUUAGAUUUGUUCUGCCAAAUUGUAGAGCUCCACCGGCUCUUAGGAAUUGAUUGCGCCUUUUUGGAAUUCCCCCAAUCGGCAUCUUAAGAAUGGGAUUAACCCACUUGAGGUUGUACUCACGGCUUUCCUCAGAUUGAGUCCAGGGAUGAGAUGCCUAUCGUUUAUGAUAUACCGUAUUCCCUCGGUUCCUGGUACAUACGACCAUAGCUCUUAGAAAUACGGGAUCCCGUCAAGCUCUCAUCUAGAGUUCAAGGGCAACCAUUUUUUGACGCCCAAGCCUUCUGGAAUAGAGACUUAGACUUUCGAUAUUGGAAGUUGGCAAAUUAACAGAGGGGCCAAUGAAGAACCACUUUGCCAUCACUAAUAAUCUUUAGAAAUAGGAAGACGAGAC